ACCUCUGUGCCAAAGGGUCAUUAAUCAACUGCAUUUCCACAGAGAGGUUACAAAACAGUUACCUCUCAUCAUUUAUUCUUCAACUCAUCAAAGACAGAGAGAGAGAGAGUAUUAGUAACGGGAGAGCAGCUGGGAGGCUGCCGUUAAGAGAUCAGCCAUGCUUGGAUGCAUCUUCAAAGAUUUGUUGGUCACAGUGACUCUACUCUUUCUAACUCAGACAUGGACUCAGUGCAGGGCUGAAGUUGCUUUACCAGAUUGGAGAAAAAAUGCAGAGUACGGUACACAGUGUUCCUACGACGGACCUAAUCAGAUUUGUGACUGGACCCAACUAAGAACAGGGGAUGUGACUAUUUUAGAGAGCGGUCCACUGGUGCUGGAGGGCGAAGCCUGUCUAGAGUUUUGGUAUUUAGCCCCCGUUGCAGCUCAUGGGACAGCACUCAGGACUCUGCUGAAGAGCAGCACGGGUCUGAGAGAAAUCUGGACCUCACCUGUCCUCCCCAGGGAUUCUUGGAGACAAGUGUUUGUCCCCUUGAACAUCAUCGAACCAGGGACUCAGGUUGUAAUCGAAACAGUGUCCACGGAGGGACAGUUCACAUUUAAUCGUCUAGGUGUAAGAAGAGGCUCAUGUGGACAACAGUGUGAUUCUAACACAGAGUUUUGGACAGAUGAGUCCACCCGCUGCCUCUGUUCUGGGGGCCAGCUCUCCUGCUCUCCCACUCAGUGCCCUCAGGGCCAAAUCUGCGGUCCUCAAAUAGAAAGAUCCAGUGGGAUUCCCGCCUCUGGGAUGUGCACUAUACACAGUCACACAGACUGCAGCACUUUUGAUGGAGUGCUCUUCCGCUUCAUGGCCUCCUGCACCUACACGCUGGCUAAGACCUGCUCACCCUCUGAGACUCUGCCAUUGUUCAGUGUGAAAGUAGUGAAUGAGCAAAACUGGAACUCAUCUCUGCCAACUGUUCAGGAGGUUAUUGUGGACAUGGGGAACUUCAGAGUGUCCCUGCUGAAAAGACAGACGCAUCGCAUUGUGGUUAAUGGUGUCUGGAAGAAGCUUCCACUGAGCCUUAACAAUGGCUCUGUCAAAGUCAAGAGCAACCCCGCUGCUGUUGUAUUGGAAACCAGUUUUGGUCUCUCUGUCUCAUAUGACAACGCUGGUGCUGUCCAAGUCGCGCUGCCAUCCACUUACUCUGACCAAGUCUGUGGCUUGUGCGGAAACUAUAACCACCUCAGAGAAGAUGACUUCAGAAAGCCAGAUGGAACAAAUGCCCAUGAUGCUACAGGUUUGGCUGAGAGCUGGCGGACUGGGCAAAGCACUUCCUCCUGUGAUACCAUUCUAGUACCACAUCAUUGUGACCCACUGGAGGAGGCAGAGUAUGCCAGUGAGCUGUACUGUGGGGGCCUCCUCUCCAGCACCGGGCCCUUUGCUGGCUGCCUAUCAGUUCUGGGGGCAGAGAGCUACUUCAGGGCCUGUGUGGUCGGCAUGUGCUCUACCCACGGUGACACAGCGGUACUUUGUGAGACAUUCCAGAGUUACACGGAUAUCUGCCAGGAGGCUGGAGUCACCAUACCCACAUUGAGGAACUCUACACUAUGCCCCCUUCAGUGUGGUGAGAACAGCCACUAUAACUCAUGUGCUGAUGGCUGUCCCGAGAUGUGCUCCGGUUUGGAUGCAGUUGGCUCCUGUGGAAGCUGUGAGGAAAGAUGCGAGUGUGACUCUGGCUUUAAACUCAGUGGGGGAAAGUGUGUCGCAGCAGAGGACUGUGGGUGCUGGGAUAAUGGAAAACACUAUGAGAAAGGAGCAUCAUUCUCGAAAGGGGAGUGUGAGCAGCAGUGUCAGUGCGUGGGUACAAAUGAGGUGCACUGCACCACAAUGCAAUGCUCAGACAAUGAUGUCUGUAAAGUCAAGGAUGGGUUCAAAGGCUGCUUUCCUUUCAAACCUGCCACCUGCAGCGUGUAUGGUGACCCACACUAUAUCACCUUUGAUGGGAUGGCAUAUGACUUUCAAGGGGGCUGCAGUUACACGCUGACUACCACGUGCGGAGGAGAAAGCUCAGUGCAGUUCACUGUGAUUGGACACAACAUGCAUCUUCCCCACACAAAUUUCACUCCAUCCAAGCUGGAAGCUGUGGAUCUCCAAGUUGACGAUUUAUACGUCACACUGAAUCAGAGCGGGGAGGUCUAUGUGAAUAAAAGCAGAGUCCGACUGCCCUAUUCCACCAAUGGAUCAUUUGGCUCAGUAUGGGUCUACCUGAAGAACAAUUAUAUCAUCUUGGAAACAACCUUUGGCCUCAGAAUGAUAAUAGACGCACAGAACAGACUCUUCCUCCACGUUGAUGAACGCUACAAAUAUGAACUUUGCGGACUGUGUGGCACCUUCUCGGACCGUCAGGAGGAUGACUUUGUGACGCCAGGAGGCCAAAAUGCAACUGGUCCAUUUGAGUUUGGUGACAGUUGGAAGGUGCCAGGCAAUAACGAGUGUAUUUCCCACCCAGAUGAUCCCAGACAAUGUGAAGUUGAUGAGGAGAAUGAGGCCUACAAUGAGUGCUACAUCCUACUAGGGGACGCUUUCAAGCCCUGCCAUGAAACCAUUCACCCAAGCAUCUACCUCAGCAAUUGUGUGUAUGACUUCUGUGCCACACGUGGUGACCGACACACACUAUGUGAAUCUCUUAAGUCCUAUGCAGCAGCAUGCCAUGUUGCAGGAGUGGAGCUACCUCAUUGGCAGACAGACACAGCCUGUGCUGAACCCCCACCUACUACAACUCUUCCACCACCACCUUCAACUACUACAGAUCAGACUUUCUGUCCCAUAAACUGUGACUUUGAAAAUAAUCUGUGUGGGUGGGAGCAGCUCAUGCAGGACAGUUUUGAUUGGACAAGACAUUCAGGACCCACACCAUCAAGCUUAACUGGCCCAAACCAAGACCACACCACUGGAGCUGGUUUCUACAUGUAUAUUGAAGGAAGUAGUGUAACACAUGGAGAUUCAGCUCGUCUUUGGAGCUCAAUGUGCCAUUAUGAUGGACCACUCUGCCUGAACUUCUGGUACCAUAUGUAUGGUUCAGCCAACGCCAUGGCCCUCAAUAUCUACCUGCUCAAAGACAAUAAAGCUACUAAACUCUGGUCCAUGAUGAACAACCAAGGUCCAGAAUGGCAUCUAGGAAAUGUUGAUAUCAGAGUGUCUGGUCCAUUCCAAAUUUUACUUGAGGGAAUUCGAGGCUCCGAUGCUCAAUCAGAUGUGGCCAUCGAUGACAUUUCCAUAAACUUUGGCUCAUGUUUAGGUAGUGUCCCUGGCCUGGUUAGUGGAACUGUGUUUCCCUCCUCAGAUGUGGAAAUCCUCCCCUCACACCCAGUCUGCAAUUUGGACUGUAGCUUCGAUAGCAGUCUUUGUAGCUGGAGUCAGAUGAUCACAGAUGCUUUUGACUGGACAUGGCAAAGUGGUUCCACCACCACUCUGAUGACUGGGCCCUCUGCGGACCACACUGGUGAUGGUCAUUAUCUUUACAUCGAGGCCAGCAGCGUGACGCAUGGAGACACGGCUCGUCUCAUCAGCUCUGAGUGUUCUGACUCUGGUCCUCAGUGUCUGCAGUUCUGGUACCACAUGCACGGCUCAGCAGAUACAAUGGGCCUCCAUGUUUACCUGCUCCAGGACAGACUAGCAGAAGCUGUUUGGUGGAAGACUAAUGACCAGGGAAAUAUGUGGCAAAUGGCUCAGGUGGACAUCAGAACAACUGGAGCUUUCCAGAUUAUCAUUGAGGGACGUAGAGGCUCCAAUGAAGAGUCGGAUUCGGCAAUAGAUGAUGUAAAGCUUUAUCGUGGACGAUGCUCUGAUCUGAGUGGUGUUGAGUCAACAAGUCCUUCCAAACCUGAUGGAAGCACAGCUUCUCCAAGUGUCCCUGUGCCAUCCACUGCAGAUCCAGAGCCCCCUCAGGUCGAUGUAACUGCUCAGCCCUCUGAAGCAAAUGUUACCAUAACUCCCGUAGUGGCAGCAACAACCGACUUUAAUAAGGACAACGUUACUGAAGCUCCAGAUAACAGACACCCAGUAUGCCAACUCAACUGCAACUAUGAACAAGAUCUAUGUCAGUGGACCCAACUUGCUACUGAUGUUAUUGAUUGGACAAGGCAUAGUGGCUACACCCCAACUAUAAUGACUGGGCCUUCUUCAGAUCACACUAUGGGAGGUGGCCAGUAUCUUUACAUCGAAGCCAACAGCGCGUCACAUGGUGACACAGCUCGUCUCAUUAGCUCUGAGUGUUCUGACUCUGGUCCUCAGUGUCUGCAGUUCUGGUACCACAUGUACGGCUCAGCAGAUACAAUGGGCCUCCAUGUUUACCUGCUCCAGGAUAGAUUAGCUGAUGCUGUUUGGUGGAAGAGAAAUGACCAAGGAAAUAUGUGGCACCUGGCUCAGGUGGACUUGGCAACAUCUGGAGCUUUCCAGGUUAUAUUUGAGGGGCGAAUAGGUUCCAAUGAUCAGUCUGAUGUUGCCAUAGAUGAUGUAUCACUUCAUCGUGGACACUGCAGAGAACUAGCUCAACCAACAACCCCUGCUCCCACGACCUCCAACCCAGUUGCAACAGAAGGUACAGAGCUUCCUCAAGAGAAUAACUCAACAAAACCACCAUCAACAACUACCUUCACAACAACAAUCCCCACAACAACAGUAGCUCCAACUGCUUCUGAUACACAAUCCCCUACAAAGCCAGACACAACAACAAGGCCACAGCUUUCAACAACCUCCAAACCAAUAGAAACUACCACAACUGGCCCUGAAACUACAGCUAGACCCCAACCACCGACAACAGAGCACCCAGGAGUUGAACCCUCAGAUCAACCAGAACCUGAAAUUACAGAAAACCCUCAAACAACAGAAGGACAAGAGCAUCCUGUUACAUCUACUAAUGAACCCCACGCUACAGAUAGACCACAACCACCAACCACAGCUUCACCACAGCCACCACAAACAACACCACAGCCACACAAACUACACGUUAAACCACACCAUCAACCACAGGCUUCACCACAGCCACCACAAACAACAGUUGAACCACAACCACCAACAACAGCUACACCACAGCCACCAAAAACAACAGUUGAACCACAACCACCAACUACAGCAGGACCACAACCUACAACAACUAAUCAACCACAUUCGACAACAGGUAGACCACAACCUACAUCUGAAACUCUACCACAGCCAGAAACAACAGCUACACCACAGCCACCACAAACAACAGUUCAACCACAACCACCAACCACAGCUACACCAAAGCCAUCACAAACAACAGUUGAACCAAAACCACCAACCACAGCUACAGCUACACCAAAGCCACCACAAACUACAGUUAAACCACAACCAUCAACCACAGCUUCACCACAGCCACCACAAACAACAGUUGAACCACAACCACCAACAACAGCUACACCACAGCCACCAAAAACAACAGUUGAACCACAACCACCAACUACAGCAGGACCACAACCUACAACAACUAAUCAACCACAUUCGACAACAGGUAGACCACAACCUACAUCUGAAACUCUACCACAGCCAGAAACAACAGCUACACCACAGCCACCACAAACAACAGUUCAACCACAACCACCAACCACAGCUACACCAAAGCCAUCACAAACAACAGUUGAACCAAAACCACCAACCACAGCUACAGCUACACCAAAGCCAUCAGAAACUACAGUUCAACCACAACCACCAACCACAGCUACACCAAAGCCACCACAAACAACAGUUCAACCACAACCACCAACCACAGCAGGACCACAACCCACAUCAACUAAUAAACCACAUUCAACAACAGGUAGUCCGCAGCCUACAACUAUAGCUACACCACCAUCAACAACAAUGGCAAGACCUCAACCACCAGUUACCCCUGUACCAACACCCUCUUGUCCAGAGAACAGUCACUACACCACUUGUAUCCCUGCCUGCAGUCCAACCUGCACACACCUGAAUGGCCCACCACGUUGCACUGAAGAUGAGGGUUGUGUGCAGGGAUGUGUAUGUGAUGAAGGCUUUGUUCAGAAAAAGACGGUUUGUGUGCCUAUCGAACAAUGUGGUUGUGUGGAAAGGAAUGGCACCAAAUAUGAUUUCUCUGAUGUGUGGUACACUAAUCACUGCAGUCAGAAAUGUGAAUGUGAGAAAGACCAUGGCGUGGGUCAGAUUGACUGCGAUGACAAAGAAGAGUGCGAUGGAAAUGCUGUUUGCCUUCAAAAUGAUGAGGGCAAUUAUUACUGCCAGUCUACAGGCUUCAGUGAGUGCACCAUCAGGGAAGACCCUGAAUACAGAUCAUUUGAUCAAAUGAAACACGACUUUGAGGGUGACCACUCGUAUGUGCUGGUCCGGACCAACAACUUGCCAAAUAACCUUCCACAUGUCUACAUCGAGGGUAUCAACACUGUAAAGGAUGAGGAUGAUAGUCAUCAACAUGACGACAGCAGCAGUGAAGAAGACCACAGUCGCAGAGUUAGGGAUGAUGAUGAUGAUGAUGAAGAUGACCAUGAUAAUGACCAUGAUGAUGACCAUGACCACGAUGAUGAUGAUGAUAGCAAACAUGAUCACUCAAGUGAAGAGCACAAGGAGAACCACAGUUUACAAGAGCUUAAGAUCAGAGUGUAUGAUCAUACUGUGGUAUUAAAGAAAAACCGGAGGCUGGUUGUGGAUGGAAGGAGAACAAAAAUUCCCGCCUCACCGACUGCUGGUCUAAAAAUCUGGGAACAUUCUUCUCGCAUCUACCUGAAGACCGACUUUGGCCUCUCCGUGGAGUUUGACGGCCACAGCAGAGCAGAGAUCAUUCUACCCCGCAUAUAUAAAAGGAAAGUUGGGGGUCUGUGUGGGAACUUUGACGGUAAAAAGGAGAAUGACAUGAUGAAGCCAGAUGGUACCAGGGCCAAGAACGUUCAAGAGUUUGGAGAGAGCUGGAGAGUGUGAAAGAUUGGUGGACGUCGGGAUAAGACAUCAAAAGUACUCUGUGGAAAUGUUGACGACUAGUUGUAACAUCACUGUGGCAUUCACAAAAAAGCUCAACACUGAUGAACCCUUACCCUAAUAAAAACUUAAGAGUUAAGGAGAUUUCAGUUUUUCCUUAAACAGCAUGUCAUCUCCAAACCUAAGCUGCCAAAAUGUGACUUGGAACAAACAUAACCUGUAGCCAUGAAGACUUUAAAAGGACUUGGACUAUAAAAAUGUUAUACACACUAACUAUAUCAUAGUAAAAUAAGACAUGUCUGCUGUUUACACCGUUUUCUGGGAUUUUGCAUUGUUUCAAGAAUGUGAUGUCCAACGUUCAAGUCCAUUUUUUAAGAACUAACAAACUUUCAUGAAAUAUCUCACAUCUUUAAUUUUUUCAAGAAAUCCUUGUACUCCUUGUGAGAUAUAUCAGAUGUUGUCCGUUGUCCUUAGGGUAAAGUAUUUGUUAUGCAUGACAAUACAAUGAUGUAUCAAUAUCCAAUAUUGUUGGAAAGAAACUCUAUGUAACUUGUACCUGUUCAUAAAGUGUAUUUGAAUGACAAAUGAUUAAGUACUGUGGUUACAUUGGUGUAGCCAUUAGUCUAGACAUUUCCGUCUCAAGUGUAGCUACAACUGCAUUCUUGACAUUUCUACAGUCUGUGUCUGAUAAUUACAGUAAGAAAAACGUUUACACAACUUCUGUAACAUGAUUAUAAUUCUGAAGACAAAGGCAGAUGUAUUUUCUGUGAAGACAAUAGGAUUAUUGUCAUCACGAGUGUACCUAUAAAUAAGCCGUUGUUACACUCAACAGCGACAGAGUCAUGGGUCGGUUUUCAUUUUGCUGCUUUGUCCUGUCGAGCUUGCUACCUCUCUGUAAUGGUGAGUAAAACAUCAUUUAAUAUUGAACAAUUUACCAAAGUAAUAUCGUGGUAUAAUUAUCUUAAUUUCAUUUUUUUCAGUUUCUUAUCGAUAGAAGAUUUAGAAUACACAGUUACAACAAUUGUUUUAAUCAUGACCUAGUUUUUUGUUGUUUGACCUGAUUGUAACGAGCCAAAUAAAUAAUCGAAUUAAUAAUCUAAAUUGACAUGACUCACCUGAUUAUAUUUUUUUCCAAAUAAUAAUGGUAGAUUAUUCAAAUGGGUCUCAUAUGUGCAGUUCCACCUAAAAUACAAAUAAAUAUGCUGGAUCAGGUCAUUGACCCUGCCUACUUGUGGUGGAAAACAUGGCUGGAAUCUUAUAUCGCAGUACAUGUUACUUUAUAUCAGGGUAAUGGUUUAUGCAGUAGUCACUUUGUAAAUUCAAG